GUGUGUGUGUGUGUGUGUGUGUGUGUGUGUGUGUGUGUGUGUGUGUGUGAUGUGCACAUCUGGGUGCAUAUGUGUGGGAGUCCAUUAUAGAGGAGGUAAAAUUCUAUCGCUGGCACCCUUUGGGGUGUGUGAAUACUGGUCCCUACUGGUCUGGUCUGUCUGUGGAAGAGGAGGAUGGAGGAGGACAACAAAUACAUGUCCAAACUGUCACCCACUGUGGACUACUGGGCAGGCAUGUACCUAGUGGUGAUAGCGGUGCUCUCAGUGCUGGGUAAUGCUGCGGUCCUACUGACCUCAGCACUGCGGCCGACUCACCUCAAGGCCCCGGAGCUCCUGACAGUCAACCUGGCUGUGACGGACAUCGGCAUGGCUCUCAGCAUGUACCCCCUAUCCAUUGCCUCGCUCUUCAACCACGCCUGGAUUGGAGGGAAUUCCUCCUGCCUCUACUAUGGCCUGAUGGGGAUGAUCUUCGGCACGGCCAGCAUCAUGACCCUGGCUGUCAUGGGUUUGGUACGAUACCUGGUGACAGGAAACCCACCUAAAACAGGCAACAAGUUCCAGCGUCGGACCAUCACCAUGGUGAUCAGUGUGAUCUGGCUGUACUCUGGGCUGUGGGCUGUGUUCCCUCUACUGGGAUGGGGUGGCUACGGACCGGAGCCCUUCGGGGUAGCCUGCUCCGUGGACUGGGCCAGUUACCAAGACUCCCUGAACCGUUCCACCUUCAUCAUGUCUCUGUCUAUCCUCUGCACCUUCAUCCCCUGCCUCGUCAUCCUCUUCUCCUAUUUCGGCAUAGCCUGGAAACUGCACAAGGCCUACCAGGCCAUCCAAAGCAGCGACUUCCACUACGGACACAUCGAGAGGAAGGUCACUCUGAUGGCAGUGUUGAUCAGCUCUGGGUUCAUCGUAGCCUGGUCUCCCUACGUGGUGCUCAGCUUUUGGAGUAUGUUCCACACCAAGGGGAAGGACAGCCUGGCCCCCGUGGUCUCCCUGCUGCCCUGCUUGUUCGCUAAAGGUUCCACGGCUUACAACCCUUUCAUCUACUACAUCUUCAGACGCUCCUUUAGACGCCAGCUCCAAGUCCUGAUCUGCUGCUCUGCCCAACCAGACUCACCUUCGUGUAGGGAGACAGGAGAGGGCAGGCAGAGUGUAAGGUCUGACCUACUACAGAGCUUUCCGGAUGAUAAGAAUAGAGCUCCCUUGGUGGGGAAGUUGGGGACUGCGAUGCUGGAAAGAGUCUGA